AUGCGUAGUUCUAUCGUAACUGUUUUAUUGAUUCCUUUGACAUUAUUCUGUUGGCUUCGCGCAUAUUACGUAUAUAAAGAAGCAAAUUUUUCACUUUUUGCAACUGAAAAUGAAAAGCCUUUACAUGUUUCACCUUUGACAAGUGGUGACCCUGUUUUACAAAGGGUUAAUAAUAACACUUUGGGUGAUAGUCCCAACAAUAUAUUUUAUUUUAUGCAGAUUACCGACUUGCACAUAUCGAAAUUUCAGAAAAUUGGCGGUACCUCGCAUUUCUUACAUUUUCUCGCGACGGUACUUAGCGUGAUUUCUUCACCUGCAUUCGUUUUAGUCACCGGUGACUUGACUGACGCCAAAGAUGAAAAUUUGAUAACUUCCCAACAAUACAUUGAUGAAUGGGUUACAUAUCAAACCGCAUUGCAGGAAUCAGGUGUUCUUAAUCGUCCAGGAUUUUGGCAUGAUCUACGUGGAAAUCAUGAUUGUUUCAACGUAGGAUCAUGGGAAAGUGAACAAAACAUGUAUAAAACGUUUGGC